AUGUUCCUAGUAGAGUGUGAAAGGGUGUUUGAAUUGGCUGGCAAAAGGGCACUAUCUUACCCUAUCGGCACGUACGUCGCCGAUUCUGGAAUCGACGCUUGGGGCGAUACGCUCAACGCGACUAACUUGGAGUUCCUGACGUUCGCGGCGACCGCGCCGAUUCGCGCAUCUAGGAAGCUUGGCAUCCUCCCUUUCCCCGGCUUUAUCAAGUGUGCGCUGGUGGCAACGUGGGCAGUGCGCACGAUGGAUUGGGGGGAGAUGUUGGGGGGAGAUCCCAGCGAGCUGGUGGCAGAUCUGAAUGCGCGCAGUGUACAGUCCAUUGUAGGGGGAGAUCCCGGUGUGAAUGGCUUCUAUCAAUCUCUGAGCCCGGGCAGUGUACAGUCCAUUGUUGGGGGAGAUCCCUCUACUGACGGCGUGGCUUUGGUGCAUUCCCGGUGCGAGCUGGUGGCAAAUCUGAGCCCCGGCAGUGUGCGGUCCAUUGUGGGGGGAGAUCCCACUGCUGACGGCGUGGCACUCGUGCAAGUCUACAGGUACAACGGGCAGACCAACGUGCACAUUCGCCUGCGAGCGCACGCGCUCUCCUCUUCCCCCAUUGCCCAGACUGUAAACAAAGCCCACGCAGGCAUCAACGGCCCGCCUGUGUGGGCUGUCCUAGGGCAAUGGACCCGCAGCAACAGCAACAACGCGUACAACUUGCAGAAAUGGUACUAUGAGGCUAAUAAGAAGUACCCUCCUGGCUCUGCUAGAUCCGUGCACUCUAUUGUUCGGGAGAUCGCCGGGGGUCCGGGGCGGUACUAUGCUGUGGUGAGCUCUGUGACCCGGCCUGUUGGGGCGAUCAGGGGGCAGUUCAGGCUCGCGCUGCCGUUUUCGCUGUACCCGUGGAAUCCGUGCUAG